UAAAAAUGUCCAAGUAUGACAAGCAGCAGAAGAUGAUUCAAGUAUUUAAUAAGGCCACCGAUAAUAAAGAUUCUAAGAAGGCUAUGGAAUUCUUAGUCGGUUCAAAAUGGAAUGUCAAGAAAGCUAUUGAAUGAUAUCACCUCUAUUUAAGAGUUGGUCAAAGAGACAAGGAAGGAUCGAUUCUGUUUCAUCGCCAUAGUGAGCCUAUAAACUUUGGAAAAACUUUCACUGGUAAAGUCAAAGAGCCAAAAGUACAAGAGAUUCCAAUAAGAAGACCGAACUCUUUUAAAAGUCUGUCACUCGAUAACUCAAAGAAGUCCGAGCUUGAGUCUAAGAUUAUGAAUGGGCUUGAUACUUUCGUUGAAGACAAAAAGUUCAUCGAAGAGGAUUUCAUGAUCCCUCAAGAUGAUGAUGAUUUCGAAGAAAAUUUAAAUAAGCCAAAAUUUAAAAAGGUGGAGUCAAGCGAGGUUGAUGAUACUGAUGAAUGAGGAGGAGCCCAGGCCCCUAUAGUGAGCUACAAAAGUUUAUUGCAUAAUACCCUGACAGAGACGAAUUCAAAAGAAGAAACCAACAAGGGAGAGCUCUCUCCUGAAUAUCUAUUUAAAAAUAUAUUUGGAAAAGAUGAAGAGGAUGAUGAUGAAGAAUCAAAUCGGGUCACUGCUUUCUUUGGAGAAGUAAACCAAGAUAAGCAGGCUUAGAAGUUGUAAUGAGGUGAAGGACUGAAUUAAAGCAUAUUA